AUGCCUCUUCACUUAUUCCCACUGGAAAUUACCUUGUUAAUUGCAGACCAUUUGGUAUCGCUAAAAGAUCUUUUUAAUUUUAUACGAGCUAAUCGCAGGCUUUACAAUUUCCUGAUCAGUGAGCUUUACCAGAGAAAUAUCAAAUCUGAUGGUGGAUCUGCUCUUGUGUGGUACGCAAUCCAUGGCGACGAACACGGAGUUAGACAUAUGCUGGCCGCUGGCGCUGAUGUUAACCUUCGAUCACCAAAUGAGACACAAUCGACCGCUCUUCUGGAAGCUGUGAUUCACAAACAUACCCGUGUUGUAGAACUUCUUCUGGAAAAUGGAGCGUUGCCAGAUGCGGCUGACCUCCGCGCCAGACGGCCCUUGGUUUUGGCGACAGCUGAACGUAGCGACGUGACCAUCACUGAGCUGCUCCUAAGUUAUGGUGCCAGGGUCAAUUCCGUUGUAUUUGACAAACGUGCCCCGCUUAUGGAGGCCAUCCGGUCAAAUCAGGAAUCAAAGGUGGUGCUGCUUUUGAAGCGAGGGGCUGACACACAUAUCUUGGGAAGUGGAAAUACACUUCUACACGUCGCGGCUACGAAGAAUGCUUCUCCCACAAUUAUGAAGAUGCUCAUAGAUUCUGGUAUCCAGGUGGAUUCUCAGGACAGUUGGGGGAGGACACCGCUACAGGUAGCAGCCUAUUAUUCAUGCGCACGUGCUGUGCGCCUCCUACUGCAUUAUGGCGCCGAUCCCAACUUCAAAAACACGAGGUAUUCUGGGAAAGGACGGACUGCUCUUUUCUACGCGGCUGAGAAACCCAGGAACUCCAGGAAAGACAACAAAGCCAUUAUCCGAACACUCGUAAUGCAGGGGGCCCAAGUGGACGCUAUAGACGAUAGGCAAGAGACACCUCUACUCUAUGCGGUCUCUCAGGGAGCCAUCAAACAAGCCCAGGCACUCGUUGAAAAUGGUUCUAGUAUUAUGGCAAGAGAUGCAGGGGGAGAAACCGUGCUUCAUUUGGCUACUCGGCCACAUAGUGGGUGUCCUGGUAUGAUGGGCUGGCUUGUUGAAUGCGGGGCUGAUGUGAACUGGGCCGGCGGCAAGCAGAGUGAAACUCCAAUUUUCAACGCUAUCAGAUACUCUUAUUGCCGUCAAGGGGUGAAAAGCGCCCAUAACCUUCUAUCACUUGGCGCCGAUGUUCACUUUCGAAACAUCGAUGGGCUGACGCCUCUUUCUCUUGCCGCACGAAUGUGCUCCAUCGAAUUGACAACUAUGCUACUCGAACGUGGUGCUUCUGUUAAUUCGAGGGACAUGCAGGGAAAGUCACCUCUACAUCAUGUCGCAGAAUACUGUUUUAGAUCCGAGGCGCGCAAAGUAAUUGCACUGCUUCUUGAACACGGAGCCGAUGUGAACUCGCAGGAUCACUCUGGAUUUACGGCUUUGCACACACUCGUUGCUAAAGGAGGAAGCUGGGAAGCGGCCGGAGACAUGUUAAAGGCCGGAGCGGACCGGUACGCCAUGUCGAACGAUGGAAGAUUUCCACAUGAUAUGGUUCCUGCUGGCCCUUGGGCGGAGACAAAGCGCCUUUUCAUCCGCUCUUACACAUCAUAA